UGCCAUUUUUAUAGAGACUACAAGAUGGCGGACGGAAAAGAUGACGGUGGUAGUUGGUGGGGGAGCUGGCUUCAGACGGCCAAAGAAAAGUCUGUCUCUGCUAUCGAGAUGGUGAAGAAGGACCUAGCCGACUAUACAUGUACCAUGCAGCAGGACACCACUCAGGUGAUGGCAAUAACAUCGGAGAAAAUGAAGGAAAUACAGACAAAAGAAGGUGCUCCACGCUAUGGAUUUGCGACAUUUCUGGAAGACCUAACAAAGUCACUGGUAGUAGAGGCAGAAGACAAGUAUGAUAAACCGAUACCGGUACCUUCUACUGAUCCAAUGUUUGACAGGGCCAAGGCUCGUCUUCAUGCUGUACAAGUUGAUCCUGGUACAUACUGCAACAAACCUUCUGGAGACCCAGAAACUUUCCAGGAAUGGGUGAAAACCUUCAGUAUGGACGGGGUGAAAGGAGAUGUGUCUGAACUCUUGGUGUCUAAAGUUGAAGUCCGAGCAUUAUAUACAAAACUGGUACCGUCAGAAAUCUCACAUGCAGAUUUCUGGCAGAGGUAUUUCUACAAGGUGAACCAGCUUCACCUGGACGAGGCACGUAAGCUGGCCCUGAUGAAGCGGGCAGAGAGGGCAGAGGUUAAGGAGGACUCUAUAAGCUGGGAUGACAGUGACGAUGAGGAAGUGCGGGACACUAGGGAAAAGGUGAGGGGUACAAACUCCCUGGAGGAGGUUUCCACUAAGGAACGACUGGCUCCAACACCAGCAUUGGACUCUCAGGAAACUCCAUCAGAAUUAUGUACAAAACCAGACAAAUCAGUGACUUCUGAAACAGAUAACAAAUCUUUACAAGAUAUACCCCUUACAAACAAUGACGCGACAACAGAUAACAAAUCUUUACAAGAUAUACCCAUUACAAACAAUGACGCGACAACAGAUAAUGAAGUUGAAACAAGUGUUAAAGACAAGGAAGAAAAAUGUGAUAAAGAUUCAGUGGUUGAAGAGAAAAUUGAAGAGGAUGUAAAAACACAGAUUGAGAAGGAUUGCCAACCAGUUGAGCCAAUAGUAUCAGAACUUACAAAGGAAGAGAAAUCAGAUGAUGUAAAUGAAAGUGAAAGUAUAACACAUGCCGAUUGUUCCCCUCUGGAGAUCUGUGUGAAGGAGAAAGGUGAUGUUGUGGUGGUGAACCCAGACCGUCACUCGCCCUCCUCCGAGUCCGAUGGAAAGAAAGAUGCUGUGAGCACUGAUGAUGACUGGGAACAAGACUUUGAUGUAGAACUUACUGAAGAAGACAUGAAGGCAGCUGAUGAGAUUGCCAAAAAACUGAAUUUAUCAGCUACAGACUAUACAAAGCUCACCGGUGAUGUGGAUGAAGACUGGGAAAGCUGGGAAUGAAGCCGACAGCUUUGACAGGACGCGCGUUAACUCGGAUGAUGUUAGAAUUAGAUAAAUUGGUAAUAGUCGCUAUAGAUUGGUAUCUGAACCAGGAUGAUUUCUGAUUUUACCAUGUUUAUAUUUACCAGUGCUUUUGAAGUACAGGGACCAAUGUAAGAGACAUUCUGCUCCCUAAAUCUUUGUCACAAGGACAUCAACAGUGGUUCUCAUGGAAUGUCUUCCUGUACUUUUUAGAGAUAUUUCGUUCUUUUAUGACUUUGUGUGGGUGGUACCAGAGAAUUGGUUGACAAAUGUGGAAUUAGAGGGUCAGUUUGGUUGAGAAAUAUUAAACUAAAAUUGUUUUUAAUUCUGGUUUAUGUGCAAUUAUCUAACGGAACCUUGCAGAAGUCAGAAUUUGACAUAGAUUGUGUGGCAGGGAAUGACAUAACUGAUGAAAUUCUGCAUGUUCUGUGUUUGGGACAACUUUUCGAUCAUUAAACCCUGUACAACAAAAUAGGAUUGGCCAGGGGGAUACACUCACAACCAAUCUCGAUGAAACUUAAUGCACAAGACCAGUACCAGCAAGUUACUUCUGUGAAUAGGAUUUCAAUGAUUCUCAGAGUUAUGUCCCCUGUCAUAUCCUUGUUAGAUAUGCAUUGUUUUUAUAUAUAAUUGAUUUAUUAAAGCAAAUGAUUCAUUUCUCCCAAUUAACACUAUCACGAUUUAGUGAAUUAUUUAAUGCAAAAUAUCUAUGGCUGUGAAUAUGUUUUCUGUUCAAUGUUGGGGAUAAGGUUCUGAAGAUUAUGGGAAGCAUGUGAAAAGGUGUCGGAGAAGCUUAUUUAGAUGCACUAUCAUUUUGAAGCUCCAAUUUUGUGCUAUUUGUUCCAGGAGUUAAAAUCAAUGCUGUUUUGGCUAAACAAGAAUAACUAUUGUAGUUAUCAAGUGACUGCAUAUGUACAUAUUUGUUUACAGUAAAAUAUUGAUGAAAUUG